AGAGACUGAUUCUCACUUUGUUGUCCAGGCUGGUCUUGAACUCCUGGGCUCAAGCAAUCCUCCCGCCUUUGCCCCGCAAUGUGCUGGGAUUAGCAGCCAUGAACCACCACACCCGGCCAAGGGCAAGACCUGCUUCUUGGAGAAAGUGACAACACCCUAAGCUCUAAAUGGAAAGAACUUUCCACUCAUGGGAAUAAAUGGCACUACAGGUUCUUCCUGCCUACUGCAGACAAAACCAAUUUCUGAGAAGUGCUACUGCAGUAUAGAGUUGUAUUAACCUGAGGCUGGCCUCAGGGAAGAAGGGUUACCACUCAAGUAAGUUUUCCUGAAGGGUCAGCUCAGAGGUUAGGGCUUUUUGUAGUUUGGUGUGGGCAGGGCACUAGGGAAUGGGUGCUGCUGAUUGGUUGGAGAUGCAAUCAUAGGGGUGUGGACUACACUCCUCAACAGCUGAGUCCGCCUCUUGGGGGAGGAGUGGGGCAGAAGAAGCAGUUGGGUCAUGGGUCAAGAGCCUGGGUGGGGUCAGUUAGUUGCCAGAAUGCGAAAGUCUGAAAAAUGCCUCAAAAGACCAAUCUUUUAGGUUCUACGAUAACGUUAUCUACAGGAAUAACUGGGGAAGUUACACAUCCGAUGUCCUCCGAAACAAUGGCUGGUUAUCGUUUAACUAUAUUUUAGCAGAAUUCUCCCCUCAUAAUCCUAACCUCCCGGUCUUUCAUUAGUUUUAUAAGGGCAGUUGCAGCCCCCGAACAAGGAGGGGCCCUGUUUAAGGGAGGGACUAUGAUCAUCCUUGCUUAAAAGUUAAACUAUAAAUUCUCCCAUGGUUAGCUUGGUUUAUGUCCAAGAAUGAGCGAAGACAGCCGGCCUGCGAGGCUAGAAGCAAGAUGGAGUGAGCCAUGUUAGAUUUCUCUCACUGUCUUUGCAAAGGCGGUUUCCAGGAACAGCGUGCAGAGUAGGGGGCUUUCUAUCAGGCUCCUUUUGGUCAUUUCUUCCUAGCCGUCCGAUUCUGAGCUCUUCCCAAUCCUUUUCUUGGCGACUUAUCUCCCGCUGUCCUUGCCCAGGCUACUUUUCGCGGCUGCGCAAGACCCGGCACAAUCCAAAACAUUUCAUAGCUGAAAGAGUCCCAACUUCCGGAAGCCGCCCGGAAGGGGCGGGGCUUAUGGUAGCCCUUUCGUACGUAUCAGCCCGGUUGUCUGAAGAUUGCCGGAAAUGCUCUAUGUUGUUGCCGGAAGUGGGAAGAGAGAAAGGUGGUGAUGGCGGCUGUCGCUGCAUCCGAGGUGCUGGUGGACAGCGCGGAAGAGGGGUCUCUCGCUGCGGCGGCGGAGCUGGCCGCCCAGAAGCGCGAACAGAGACUGCGCAAAUUCCGGGAGCUGCACCUGAUGCGGAAUGAAGCUCGUAAAUUAAAUCACCAGGAAGUUGUGGAAGAAGAUAAAAGACUAAAAUUACCUGCAAAUUGGGAAGCCAAAAAAGCUCGUUUGGAGUGGGAACUACAGGAAGAAGAAAAGAAAAAGGAAUGUGCAGCAAGAGGAGAAGACUAUGAGAAAGUGAAGUUGCUGGAGAUCAGUGCAGAAGAUGCAGAAAGAUGGGAGAGGAAAAAGAAGAGGAAAAACCCUGAUCUGGGAUUUUCAGAUUAUGCUGCUGCCCAGUUACGCCAGUAUCAUCGGUUGACCAAGCAGAUCAAACCUGACAUGGAAACAUAUGAGAGACUGAGAGAAAAACAUGGAGAAGAGUUUUUCCCAACAUCCAAUAGUCUUCUUCAUGGAACACAUGUGCCUUCCACAGAGGAAAUUGACAGGAUGGUCAUAGAUCUGGAAAAACAGAUUGAAAAACGAGACAAAUAUAGCCGGAGACGUCCUUAUAAUGAUGAUGCAGAUAUCGACUACAUUAAUGAAAGGAAUGCCAAAUUCAACAAGAAAGCCGAAAGAUUCUAUGGGAAAUACACAGCUGAAAUUAAACAGAAUUUGGAAAGAGGAACAGCUGUCUAAUCCCUUCAAGAACUGUUUAUAGAAGCUUGAGAAUGGGGUAAAAAUUUCUGCUAGCAAAAUCAAAUUCUUUUUGAAAUUUUAUCAGUAAUCCAGAAUUUAGUAGUCUAUGCCUUCUCACUCAGCAUUUAGAAAUAAAAAUGUGGUUUCUUAAGCAUAUAUUCUUUCAUGUAUAUUUCCACAUUUUUGUGCUUGGAUAUGAUGUAUUUCUUGUAGUGAAGUUGUUUUGUAAUCUACUUUGUAUACAUUCUAAUUAUAUUAUUUUUCUAUGUAUUUUAAAUGUAUAUGGCUGUUUAAUCUUUGAAGAAUUUUGGGCUUAAGAUUGCCAGCAGCACACAUCAGAUGCAGUCAUUGUUGCUAUCAGUGUGGAAUUUGAUAGAGUCUAGACUCGGGCCACUUGGGGUUGUGGACUCCAAAGCCAAGGACAGUGAUGAGGAAGAUGGCAGUGGCCACCGGAGGACUGGAGCAGUCCCUCCUCAUGGCGGCCUGUGACCAAGGUCAGGGAGGAAUGGAGCUAUCCUUCCAUGAUCUGACCAUGUACAGUUCCCUUUUUAAAAAGCAAUAAAAUGCUUGGGAUUAGAAUUCCUAA